AUGCAAGCCGCAAUCAUCGCCUCGCUCGCAGCUUCGGCUGUCGCAGCGCCACUCGUCAGCCGCCGUCAGGCAGCUGCACCACCAAUGGAUGUCAACGACGCUGUCAUCCUCAACUACGCUCUCUCCCUUGAGCACCUCGAGGCCACCUUCUACCGUGAGGCCCUCGCCAAGUUCUCCGACGAGGACUUCAAGAAGGCCGGUCUCGGUGCCGACUUUGUCAACAACCUCAAGGAGAUUGCCAAGGAUGAGGCCACCCACGUUGACUUCCUGACCACUGGCCUGACCCAGGCCGGUGCCGUCCCAGCCCAGGAGUGCAAGUACAAGUUCGGCUACACCGACGUGCAGAGCUUCCUUGCCACUGCCAACCUCCUCGAGGGUGUCGGUGUCAGCGCCUACCUCGGUGCUGCCAAGUACAUCGCCAGCGCGGACUACCUGACCGCCGCCGGUGCCAUCCUCACCGUCGAGUCCCGCCACUCGGCCUACAUCCGUGAGAACCAGACCCCUAAGCCAUUGUCGCCAUUUCCAGCUCCCUUCGACAUCCCAUUGGAGUUCAACAACGUCUUCUCGUUGGCCGCUCCUCUCAUUGAGUCCUGCCCAGAUGGCAAGGCCGGUACCCUCGGCCUGCCAUUCAAGGCAUACCCAUCCAUUGCCGUCACCCCAGCUGGCGCUGCCAAGGCUGGCGACACCCUGACCUUCACCGUCUCCGAGAAGGUUGACGCCCAGAAGGCCUACUUCAUCACCUUCCCAGGUGGUGCCAUCGAGGCUGACAUCGCCACUGCCGACGGCAUGACCUACCAGGUCACCGUCCCAGAGAAGGCCCAGCCAGGUCAGGCAUACGUUGUCUUCACCAGCGGUGGUGGGCCAACUGACGACGACACCGUCGCCGGCCCAGCCGUUUUCGAGGUCCUCGACAACGCUGGUGAGUUCCAGGCCGCCAACCCAGACUACAGCUACGGCAAGGACUGCGACAAGGACGACGAGCACAAGCCAGCGGGCUACGGCCACCCAUCAAAGGACAUGCCAAAGGCACCAACUUACCCUUCCAAGGACACCCCAAAGAGCCCCGAAUACCCACACAAGGAUACGCCAAAGAGCCCUGAGCACCCUUCAAAGGACAUGCCAAAGAGCCCUGAGUACCCCCACAAGGAUAUGCCAAAGAGCCCUGAGGCACCAAAGAAGGAUGAGCCAAAGCACGAUGCCCCAGCCCCAUACCCAGAGCACAAGGACGAGCCAAAGCACGACAUGCCAAAGAGCCCUGAGGCACCAAAGAAGGAUGAGCCAAAGCACGACGCGCCAGCCGGGUACCCAGCUGAGAAGAAGGAGUACAAGGACAAGGAGGGCCACGCUUACCCACUUGACAAGGAUGGCAAGGUCUGCGUCUACAACAAGGAGACCGGAAAGCAGUACCCUAACGACAAGGACGGCAAGCCUUUUUACCACGACUCGCAGGAGAACAAGUACUACACCAUCGACUACCAGGGCAACAAGGAACCUUGCGAUGAGUCCUACCACCCAUACUAG